AUGGCGGAAGAAGUCUACGACGGUGCCAUUGGCAUUGAUCUGGGUACCACCUACUCUUGCGUGGCCACCUACGAGGGCAGCAAUGUUGAGAUCAUCGCCAACGAGCAGGGUUCUUUUACCACCCCCUCCUUCGUGUCCUUCACGGCCGAGGAGCGGUUAAUCGGUGAGGCUGCCAAGAACCAGGCCGCCAUGAACCCCGUCAACACCGUCUUCGACGUCAAGCGGUUGAUCGGUCGUCGCUACGAUGACCCCACCGUCAAGAAGGACCAGGAGUCCUGGCCCUUCAAGGUCGUCGAUGACAACGGCAACCCCAAGGUCGAGGUUGAGUACCUCGGCGAGACCAAGCAGUUCUCCCCCCAGGAGAUCUCUGCCAUGGUUCUGGUCAAGAUGAAGGAGAUUGCUGAGACCAAGCUCGGCAAGAAGGUCGAGAAGGCCGUCAUCACCGUCCCUGCCUACUUCAACGACAACCAGCGUCAGGCCACCAAGGAUGCCGGUUCCAUCUCUGGCCUCAACGUCCUCCGUAUCAUCAACGAGCCCACCGCUGCUGCCAUUGCUUACGGUCUCGGAUCCAACAAGUCCAACAAGGAGCGUAAUGUCCUGAUCUACGAUCUUGGUGGCGGUACCUUUGAUGUGUCCCUUCUUAACAUCCAGGGUGGGGUCUUUACUGUCCGCGCCACUGCCGGAGAUACCCAUCUCGGCGGCCAAGACUUUGAUACCAACCUUCUCGAACACUGCAAGAAGGAGUUCAAUCGCAAGACUAAGAAAGACCUCUCUGCUGAUGCCCGCGCGCUGCGCCGCCUGCGCACCGCCUGUGAACGCGCCAAGCGCACUCUGUCCAGUGGUGCUCAGGCCCUCAUUGAGAUUGACUCCUUGUUUGACGGCGAGGAUUUCACUGUCCAAAUCACUCGUGCUCGAUUCGAGGAUCUCAACGCCAAGGCCUUCGCGGGCACCCUGGAGCCCGUCGCUCAGGUUCUGAAGGACGCAGCUAUUGAGAAGUCUGCCGUUGAUGAGAUCGUCCUUGUCGGCGGCUCCACCCGCAUCCCCAAGAUCCAGAAACUCCUUUCGGACUACUUUGACGGCAAGAAGCUCGAGAAGUCCAUCAAUCCCGAUGAAGCUGUGGCAUUUGGGGCUGCCGUUCAAGCGGGUAUCAUCUCCGGAAAGGCCACAUCCGCCGACACUGCCGACUUGCUGCUCCUCGAUGUCGUUCCCUUGAGUCUCGGAGUCGCCAUGGAGGGAAACAUAUUUGCUAGUGUGAUUCCUCGUGGAACAACAGUGCCCGCUCUUCGCAACGUUCCCACUGUCCCGCGUCGUGGAUCAUCCACCAUCCGCCUGAAAGCCAACCCGAUUCGCCACGACAAGGCACGCGUGAAGAGGAAGGCAGGUUGGAGGGCCAAAAAGGCCACGGCUCAGGAGUCCAAGGAGUUUUACUGCGAGGUCUGCGACCUCGUUUGCCCGGAUGCCAAUGUUCUUGAACGACACGAAAAUACCGGUGCACACAAGGACCGCGCUGCAAACCAGGCUGCCGGCAUCGACGACUUUGACUGCGAGCCCUGGGGUUUCAACGGCAGCGACACCAAGUCCUGGCUUGCUCACAAGGCAACCAAGGAGCACAAGAUCAAUCUGGAGGCCCUCGGCGUCAAGGUGGAGCCUGUUGGAGCUCCCGAACACAGAGCCCGGAUGAGGGAACACCAGGCAAACUUCAAGGCGAGGCGGCUGGAAGCCAAGAUCUGGCACUGCGACAUCUGCGACAUCACCUAUACGAAGCCUUACGAACUCCCAAGGCACAACAACUCCAGAAAGCCACAAGAUCCGGGGCUCGAGGCACAAGGAGAAGGAGGCUGCGCUUGCGGCGUCAACCUAAGAAACACGACACCAACAUUGCUAUCACGACAUCUGCUCAACAUCUUUACCACCAUUUUCACAUUUGCUCACAUUUUGGACGGCCGGACAUUUACAACGGUGGCCGAUUCUCAGCAAACCGUUCAAUUCCCAAUUUUCCAGGGCGAGCGCACCAAUUGUUCUGAUAACACGAGCCUGGGCGAGUUCACUCUUGCGCCAAUCCCCCCGAUGAAGGCGGGCGAGCCAGUCCUCGAGGUCAUCUUCGAAGUCGACGUGAACGGCAUAUUGAAAGUAGUCGCGACGGAGAAAACCUCUGGACGGAGCGCCAACAUCACCAUCUCGAACUCUGUGGGCAAGCUGUCGAGCUCCGAGAUCGAGACGAUGAUCAGCGAGGCGGAGAAGUUCAAGACGAACGACGAGGCGUUCAGCAAGAGGUUCGAGGCGAAGCAGCAGCUGGAGUCGUACAUCACCCGGGUGGAGGAGAUCGUGUCGGAUCCGACUCUGUCGCUCAAGCUCAAGCGCGGCCAAAAGGACAAGAUUGAGCAGACGCUCUCGGAGGCCAUGUCGCAGCUGGAGGUGGAGGACUCGACCGCGGAGGAUCUCAAGAAGAAGGAGCUUGCUCUCAAGCGGCUUGUCACCAAGGCCAUGUCGUCUCGCUAA